AUGGCGAAGUCUACUCGAAGUGCUUCUCCAGCUAUCAAUCCGUCCCCAACAUCUCCUGGAGACGUCGAGCUUGCACCCCACCACAAAUGGAAGAUCUCUGCUACCGGAGGUGGUGACACCGCAAUGGCUUUAUUCAACAGUCCUACAGAUGUCCGUGAAGCAAUUAAUCCAGACGAGGAACGAAAACUGGUUAGAAAGAUUGAUUGGAUGAUUCUACCCUACCUGUCGGUUUGCUACGCAUUCUUUUAUAUCGAUAAAACCACUCUCUCAUAUGCCGCCAUCUUCAACAUCCGUCAGGAUCUCAACCUUGUUGGAACCGAGUACAGCUGGCUUUCAUCCAUCUUCUACUUUGGAUUUUUAGCUUGGGCUUUUCCAAUCAACUUCCUACUUCAACGCUUCCCAAUCGGCAAAUACCUUGGUGUCAACAUCUUCAUGUGGGGCUUCUUCCUCAUGUUGCAAGCCUGUGCUAGGAACUUCGCAGAGCUAGCAGCCCUCCGUGCUCUCAGCGGAGCCGCAGAGGCUUGUGCCGACCCAGCGUUCAUGCUCAUCACUAGCAUGUGGUACACGAGAAGACAGCAACCCAUCAAGAUUGGACUUUGGUACACCGCAAAUGGCGUUGGUGUCGCCCUCGGCGCUUUGUGUUGCAUCUGGGGUGUGGUUAUGUUCUUCCUGGUACCGGACAGUCCGGUCACAGCCAAACGGCUAACACUCCACGAGAAGAGGAUUGCAGUUGAGAGAUUGCGUGAGAACCAGACUGGCGUCGAAAACAAGACUCUGAAGCCUUACCAAAUCAAGGAGGCGUUCCUGGAUUACAAGCUGUACAUGUUCUUUCUCAUUGCACUUAUGCAGAGCAUCGUCAACGGAGGGAUAUCGAAUUUUGGAACUAUCAUUAUCAAAGGGUUUGGAUUUUCUACUCUGGUGACGACACUAAUGCAAAUACCCUAUGGCGUGCUCAUUGCUAUCUCAAUCCUGGUCUGUGUAUUCCUGAAUGACCGGCUCCCACCCAAUAAUCGAUGUGUGAUGAUCAUCAUCUUCCUUCUCCCAAAUAUUGCUGGAGCAUUCGGACUACGCUUCGUACCGUUCGACCAACGAGUUGGUCGUCUCAUAUGCUAUUACCUCACGGGCCCAAUCAACGCCUCAUUUGUCCUCCUCUCCCUUCAAACGGCGAACAUCGCUGGCCAUACCAAGAAAGUCGUUACAAACGCAAUGCUUUUCCUCGGGUACUGCUCGCCAACCUACUCACUCGGAAUCUGGAGCAUGAUAUUUGCGCAUCUGCUCGAGGUUGCUAUCGUAUUUGUACUACGGUUUCUGCUAAAGAGGAAUAAUGGAAAGAGAGAUGCGAUGCAGGGAAUUGAUAGGAGUCAAACUGAUCGUGAGAUCUUGGAGGAAUAUGAAAGGGACCUGGAUUCAUCUGCGUUCGGGGACUUGACGGAUAGGGAAAACUUGAAUUUCAGGUACAUUUACUAA